AUGGACCGCGAUCCUGCAGACGGACCCCCCAUCGCCGUCCCUUCGCGAACACACUCGAAUCGCCUCCUUCACCACCAUCGCACCAACAGCGCCCGUUCCAGAAUCACAACCGCCUCCGCCGCCCCUGGCCAGACCAAGACGACACCUGGCGCCAGCCCGGAAAUCAUCUCGGACCUCAUUUCCAGCCUCAGCACCUCGCACUUUGACGCGCUGCCCCUCGCCGCCACCGGUCCCUCCCUGCGCCUCAGCCCUGGCGCCGACGCCGUCGAUCCCGUCCACGACGUCGCCGCCACGUCGCCCGUCGUCCGCACCGCCAAGCCACCCUCGGGCUACUCCGCCGUCACCUCCCCCAAGAGCCCCCGGCUCCCUACCGACGCCGGCUUCCGAUCGCACUUUCGCGCCGGCAGCCUCUCCCGCGCGUCCUCCUCCGCCUCCCUCACCUCCCGCAACGACGAUGCCCGCAGCAUCGGCAACCUCUCCAUAGAACCCGGCACCUCCGUGCCGCCCCCGAACGACCAGGAGCUGCGUCCGCGCCGCUCCCACGACAGCUGGGGCAAGAAGACCGGCCGUCGCCAAAAGGACAUGCUGUACAUGAGCUCCAAGGAGCGUCUCCGCGAAAAGGACAUGGACCGCAAACGCCCAGCUGCCGGUGCUGGUGGUGGUGCCGUGGUCAGCGGCGCUAGCAGCAUACAUAGCAACGGAGGGGGUGGCCGCGCCGACGCGUUCCUCGCCGAGACGGCCAUCAGCGAGGAGCCCGGCCUGGCCACCCCGCGCUACUCGAGCGACUCGUUCAGCGCAUUCCAGGCCAUCCCCAACCGCGAGUCCAGCCUGCGCAAGCCCGGCCAGAAGAAGCGCUCCAGCGCCCGCCGGUCCAGGCAGAACAGCGAAUCGGACCCCAUACCGGAGGGCCCCGAGUACGGUCGCGGCGGCGGCGCCAUGUCGCGCACGACCGCCCACAAGCGCGUCGAGUCCGAGGCGGCACGCUCGUUUCUGUUCGACGUCGACGAGUACGCGGCGGUGACCCAGGCCCUCGACGACCAGUACGAGCGCGAGAACGGCCGCCCGGUGCCGUCGCCCGACUACCGACAGAAGAGCUUCCUCGACGACUUCGAGCACGAGGGCGCCCCGGCGCCCGCCAUCGCCAACGGCCGUCGGGCGUACGAGCGGGAGCACGGCGGCAGCGGCCGCCUGAGCCCGUUCCCGUCCGCCGACCUGCGGGCGAAAGGGAGCGGCUCGAAGCUGAAGCGGCUCUCCGGCGUCGGUCCGCUGCCGCUGAGCCCCUCGCGCACCAGCGAGCAGUCCGACCGGACUACUACUGCUCAUCCGAUAACGUACGAGCGGCCGGCGUCGGCGGACUCGAUCGACGACGACGUCGAGUCGUACCUGUGCUCGCCGAGGCUGUCGCAGAAGAUCACGCACCCGCAGACGGGACGCGUGAUUUCGUUCUCCGAAGUGGGCGACCCGGAGGGAUCGGCCGUGUUUUGCUGCGUCGGCAUGGGGCUGACGCGGUACAUUACGACGUUCUACGACGAGCUGGCGCUGACAUUGAAGUUGCGCCUCAUCACCCCGGACCGUCCAGGCGUGGGCGACAGCGAGCCCUACUCCGACGGCACAACAACACCACUAAGCUGGCCAGAUGAUGUAUAUGCCAUCUGCCAGGCUCUUAAAAUCACCAAGUUCUCCAUCCUGGCGCACUCGGCCGGCGCCAUCUACGCGCUGGCGACGGCGCUGCGGAUGCCGCAGCACAUUCGCGGCAAGAUCCACCUGCUGGCGCCGUGGAUCCCGCCGUCGCAGAUGAACGUGUUCGGGUCGUCGCAGGAGCCGCCGACGCACGCGCUGCCGACGUCGCAGCGGAUCCUGCGGGCGCUGCCGACGCCGAUCCUCAAGGCGGCCAACAGCAGCUUCAUGAGCGCGACCAGCUCGUCCAUCACCAGCUCGCUGCCCAAGUCGCCGCGGCGGACCAAGCGCAAGAGCAAUGGAAAGGACGGGCGGAGCGUGACGCCCUCGGAGCGGGACAAUGCCGAGAUGGCGGCGGCGACGAACGGGGGCGAUGCCGCACGCCCCGUCCCGAUACCCGACGCCACGGAGAAUAUGGACCGCAGCAUGCAGCCGCCGCAGAGCAGCAGCCUGUACGCCGGCGCCGGGCGGGAGCGGCAGACGACGUACGACCUGCGCCUGACGCACGCCAUCUGGGACCUGGCGACGACGGGGGCCAACCCGGCGGUGGACCUGCUGGUGUGCCUGGAGCGGCGUCACGCGAUCGGCUUCCGGUACGUGGACAUUACGCGGCCGGUGGUGAUCCACCACGGCAGCAAGGACAACCGGGUGCCGGUGGACAACGUGCGGUGGCUGGGCAAGGGCAUGCGGCGGUGCGAGGUGCGCGUGCUGGAGGGCGAGGGGCACGGGCUGAUGGCGAGCGCGAGCGUGAUGGGCUCGGUGCUGAUGGAGAUGAGCAAGGAGUGGGAGGACUGGAUGAGGGUGACGGGGGACGACUCGAUGCUGAGGCAAAGGGAGAGGGGAAGGAGGACGGUGAUGCCGCAGCGGUAG